AUGUCAGAUGAACAGUCUACACGAGACGUGAGCGCGGCUAUUGCCCGAAUGGAUGAAGCGACAAGUGGCCCAGAUCCCAGAAUUCCCGGGGUGGUUAGCAUCGUAGUGACCAGAGAUGGAAAUCCAAUCCUGUCGCACGCAUCGGGUAGCAUGAAGGUGGAUGGCAAGUCGCGCAUGACAUUGGAUUCAGUGUUUUGGUUAGCUUCAUGUACAAAGCUCCUCACAGGAAUAGCAUGCAUGCAACUCGUGGAACAAGGGGAGCUCGCACUCGACGAUGCCUUUCAACUUGAUCGUCUUGCUUCUGAGUUGAAGGAACUAAAGGUGUUGACGAGAGACUCUAGUGGAUCUUACACACUAGUGCCGCAGGAGCCCGGUUUCGGAUAUGCCUUUGACGAUGUUAAGCUCAGCGACUGGGCAAGGCCGACCGGCAUCGACGAUUUUGACGGAGAGAAGAUGUUCUUUUGCGACCGCUAG